ACAUAGUUUCUGGGAUCAUUUGACUGCGCUAACGCCCGGUCUCUGGCCUUGAAUGAACAGCCACAAACCAGUUGGCGAUAGGGCGAGCAGCUGUAUCUUUUGAUUAUCAUUGCAAUACUACAGCUAACUGGCAAUAUUGUGCAAUAAUGACAACCGCAUCAUUCAACUCCCCACUCGUCUGAUCUAUUCUUUGCGGUUUUAAACCCUACGAGUCAUUGGAAUGGUGCAAUCCACCAAACGAGCGGACCCGAACGAGCUGAAGGUUAUUUUUCAGAAGCAUGCCAGUGUUGUGGAUGCAGAUGGCGAGAAGUUGAUGACCCCAGGGGACUUUGUGCAGAAGUACCUGGGCCUGUACACACAGAUCCACCACAACCCCAAAACUGUCCAGCUCAUUGCCGGUGUAGCCGACACAACCAAGGACGGGCUGAUCUCAUUCCAGGAGUUCUUGGCAUUUGAGUCAGCGCUGUGUGUUCCGGACGCUCUCUUUAUUGUAGCCUUCCAGUUGUUUAACAAGACCGGCACUGGAGACAUCUCCUUUGAGGAUGUGCGGGACAUCUUCAGCCAGACCACUGUGCACCACCACAUCCCCUUUAACUGGGACUGUGAGUUCAUCUGCCUGCACUUUGGACACGACCUCAAGAAAUGCCUCGGCUACCUCGAGUUCACCCAGUUUCUACAGGAGUUGCAGUUGGAGCAUGCGCGCCAGGCCUUUGCCCAGAAGGACAAGAACAAGAGCGGCACCAUCUCUGCCAUGGACUUCAGUGACAUCAUGGCCACAAUCCGACACCACAUGCUUACAGUGUUUGUGGAGGAAAACCUGGUUUCGGCUGCGGGGGGCAGCACCUCUCACAUGGUCAGCUUCUCCUACUUCAACGCCUUCAACGCUCUGCUCAACAACAUGGAGCUGAUCCGCAAGAUCUAUAGCACGCUGGCCGGGACCCGCAAGGACACACAGGUCACUCAAGAGGAGUUUUCCCAUGCUGCGAACAAGUUUGGCCAGGUCUCUCCCAUGGAGAUUGACAUCCUGUACCAGCUAUCAGGCCUACACUCCCACUCUGGGCGCCUGAACUUUGCUGACAUUGAGAGGAUAGCCCCGCUGGAGGAGGGAGCGCUUCCCUAUCACCUGGCUGAGUUCCAGAAACGGCAGAGCCAGGGUGAUGGUUCCAGGUCCGUACUGAUGCAGGCCGCAGAGUCGGCCUACCGGUUCAGCUUGGGCUCCAUUGCUGGAGCUAUGGGAGCUACGGCAGUGUAUCCGAUAGACCUGGUGAAGACAAGGAUGCAGAACCAGAGGAGUACAGGCUCGUUCGUAGGAGAACUGAUGUACAAGAACAGCUUUGACUGUGCCAAGAAGGUGCUGCGCUACGAAGGAUUCUUUGGAUUCUACAGAGGUCUUCUUCCCCAGCUCAUAGGCGUGGCUCCAGAGAAGGCAAUCAAACUUACGAUGAAUGACUUUGUGAGAGAUAAGUUCACCGGUAAAGACGACACCAUUCCCUUCGCUGCCGAGGUGCUGGCCGGAGCCUGUGCAGGGGGUUCCCAAGUGGUCUUUACGAACCCGCUGGAGAUUGUCAAGAUCAGACUGCAGGUGGCAGGAGAGAUCACGACAGGACCCAGAAUUGGCGCCCUCAGUGUCAUCCGAGACCUUGGCUUGUUCGGCCUCUACAAGGGUGCUAAAGCAUGUUUACUGAGAGACAUCCCGUUCUCAGCCAUCUUCUUCCCGGUGUAUGCCCACACCAAGGCUCAGUUUGCCGACGAGCAGGGUAGACUAGGCCCGUUACAGCUGCUAGCUUCUGGAGCCAUCGGAGGCAUCCCUGCUGCCUCUCUGGUGACACCUGCUGAUGUCAUCAAGACACGCCUGCAGGUAGCAGCGAGGGCGGGACAUACCACCUACACUGGAGUCAUGGACUGUUUCAGGAAAAUCACGCAGGAGGAGGGAUUCGGAGCACUGUGGAAGGGAGCUGGAGCUCGUAUGUGUCGAUCCUCUCCUCAGUUUGGAGUAACUCUGGUGACCUAUGAGCUUCUACAGAGGUGGUUAAAUGUGGACUUCGGAGGACAUCGUCCGACGGGGUCUGGGCCCACUCCUAAAUCUCGUGUCUCUGAGCUUCCUCCGGUCAGUGCUGACCACGUGGGAGGCUACCGUCUGGCCGCGGCCACCUUCGCUGGCGUGGAGAACAAGUUUGGCCUUCAUCUGCCCAAGUUCAAGUCCUCUGGAGUGCUCUCCAUUCUCUCUGACCCCGUUGACCCCUCUUCUGCCCUCCCUCAAGAGGCUGCCGCCCCCCCUAAAGACUAGCCUCUAACUGCCUGCCACCACCACUCCACUAAGGGCUAUGCACUUAGACAGACAUGCAUACUGAUCAACACACACAUUUUGAGGGGCCAUGUACACCGAUAUGCACACACGUACAGUCCUAGCGGCCAUGUGCACAGCUAUAAACACCAACACCCCAGGGUCUACUCUAGUGCUCUAAACCUGGUUCUGGAGACAUGACUGUAGGUCCAUUGUUGAAGCAGGCAUUAACCUGAACACUACUGUUGUAUCUCCAGUGGCUCUCCUUUCUUUUCUUUCCAUUCUGCUUUUCAUAUGAAAUCAGUGGUUUGAAAGGAGCCUUCUCUCUCUCUCUAUUCCUUUGCUCUCUCGCUCCCAUUCCUCUCCAUCACUCUGGUGGCUCCUCUCUUCUCAUGAAUAACUGAUUUAAUUUUUUUGGGGUGCUACUAUGAUUGGACAGUGUGUGGGAGAUAUUUGAUUGGACGGCAUGGAGAAGGCUUUACUCUGAGUGGGCCUUGCACAGGAGGUUGCUGUACAGAGAUGUGACACAGCUGGAAAGGAACAUUACUGAUGUUAGAGCGAUAUUAAUGUAACAUUGGAGAACAAAUGUUAUGGUAAUGUUAGUGCAACGUUUCGGGAGUGCAACGUUUUGGUUACAGAAAUGUUGCGGUAAUGUUAAAAAGCAACGGGACUCAUGUUGGAGUUACGUUAGAUUGAAGUCGGGCCUUCGUCUCUUGAGAAACACUUACUGAUCUACAGACCUUUUCAAACUGUUUGAGGAGAAUUGUCGGCAAAGGAUUAGGUAACUUAAAUUCAUUCAGUGUAUUUUAUUGAAAUAAACAAUUAUUUAAUUUCACACCUGAAAAUAUUUUAUAUCAAGGAGAAUGAACAGCAAAAAUGGCCAAGCAAAAGCGAACCAAUAGUUUUGGUGGAAAACUAUAGACAAAAUGUAAUUAGAUACACAACAUAUCUAUACAGAGUUUGGUAAACUCCAACAAAGAAUUAUAAUGGACAAAGUUGUGACAAGUCUUGUUGGAUUACUAACUAGAAUUCGGUACCAAACGUGGAGAAUAGUUUCAGAAGGCACUGUACAUGGAGUUUGGCAAAGUGUUCAGACCCCUUAUGUUAUAGCCUUAUUCUAAAAUCGUUAAAUAGUCGUCCCCCCCCCCCCCCCUCUCUCUCUCAAUCUACACACACUACCUCCAUGACAAAGCAAAAACUAAUAUGUAGACAUUUUUUAAUAAUUUAUUAAUGGAAAUGUUACAUUUACACAAGUAUUCAGACCCUUUACUCAGUACUUUGUAGUAGCACCUUUGGCAGCGACUACAGCCUUCUUGGGUAUCGCGCUACAAGUUUGGCACAUCUGUAUUCUGAGUUUAUUCCAUUUUUAUCUGCAGAUCCUCUCAAGCUCUGUCAGGUUGGAUGGGGACUUCUGCGUUGUCUUGGCUGUGUGCUUAGGGUUGUUGUGCUGUUGGAUGGUGAACAUUCGCCCCUGUCUGAGGUCCCUGAGUGCUCUGGAGCAGGUUUUCGUCAAGGAUCUCUUUGUACUUCGCUCAGUUCAUCUUUCCCUUGAUCUUCCUGUCACUGAAACAUCCCAACCGCAUAAUGCUGCCACCCCCAUGCUUCACGGUAGGGAUGUUGCCAAGUUUCCUCCAAACAUGGUGCUUGGCAUUCAGGCCAAAGAGUUCAAUCUUGGUUUUAUCAGACCAGAGAAUCUGCUCCUGCCA